ACACACGCUGGUAAUGAUCAAUCGAGAAACACUAAAGGCUGCUGCAAGAUAAAAGCUACGAAGAGCGAUGUGUCGCCUCGUUAUAAUCUUACCCUAUACCCCACUACUCUCCUGGCGAGAGCCCUGUCUAUCAUGAUGUUUAUUCCUAUUCUUAUCGCUUCUCUUAUUUCAUCGAUUAAUGCUGCAGCUAUAAUAUCUCGUUCCCAGUCCUACCCAUUAUCUCGGCCCGCUGUGCUCGGCUCAAAAACUAAACUGACCGUAGCUAAUAAGGUCGUCGCUCCCGAUGGCUUCGAACGCUCAGCAACUCUUGCUAAUGGCGUAUUCCCUGGACCCUUGAUUGCAGCUCAGAAGGGAGAUGAUUUUGCCAUUGAGGUGGCCAACGAGCUCCAGGACGACUCAAUGUUCAAGGUUACCAGUGUCCACUGGCACGGUCUCUACCAGAAUGGAACGAGCUAUGCUGACGGGACUUCCUCCGUCACACAAUGCCCCAUUGCGCAGAACCACUCUUUUGUGCACUCUUUCUCCGCCCCGAACCAGGCAGGCACUUACUGGUAUCAUAGUCAUUAUUCCGUUCAAUAUUGUGAUGGUCUUAGAGGACCGCUGGUAAUUUAUGAUCCUCAUGACCCUUUGGCAUACAUGUACGAUGUCGACGAUGCAAGUACCGUGAUCACACUUGCCGACUGGUAUCAUACUGCGGCUACCGUCUUGCGCUACGUCAUAGGUAAUACUGCCAGCUCUACGCUCGUCAAUGGACUCGGUCGAUAUGCUGGCGGACCCAUGUCUGAUCUUGCUGUAAUCAGUGUUGAGCAGGGAAAGCGGUAUCGCUUGCGCCUGGUUUCAAUAUCAUGCGAUCCCAACUUCCAGUUCUCCAUCGAUGGCCAUAACUUGACCGUCAUCGAAGCAGAUGGACAGCUGACCGAACCUCUGGUGGUAGAUCAGCUCCAGAUUUUCGCGGGUCAGCGCUAUUCCGUGGUUCUGGUAGCCGAUAAGCCGACAGAUAACUACUGGAUACGCAAUCUUCCUAAUACGAUGAAUGCAACCUACGAGGGAGGAACGAACUCUGCCAUCCUGCGCUACAAAGGCGCCCGAAUGGCCGACCCGACUACAGUCAAUCCUGCACCCAAGAACCCAUUGCAAGAGACCAACUUGCAUGCUCUGAUGAACCCUGGUGCUCCUGGCAUUCCAGAGUAUGGGAAGGCAGAUAUCAACCUCAACCUCGAGGUUUCCGUCAUCGGCGGAAACUUCUACGUCAACAAUGUCACAUUCAAACCCCCCACCGUUCCUGUCCUACUCCAGAUUCUUAGUGGAGCUCAAGAGCCAUCUCAACUGCUCCCGAAUGGCAGUCUCAUCGUUCUCGAGGCUAACAAAGUGGUAGAGUUGACGUUGACAACAACCGGUCCAGGUGGUCCCCAUCCUAUCCACAUGCAUGGCCAUUCCUUCGAUGUCAUACAGAGCGCGGGCUUCGCAGGAAACAGUACCCUCAAUUAUGCGAACCCAGUUCGCCGCGACGUGGUCAGCGCUGGGAGUCUUGGGCAACAAAUGGUGAUACGAUGGGUGACCGACAACUCUGGCCCCUGGUUCUUGCAUUGUCACAUUGAUUGGCACCUCGAUGCCGGUUUUGCCGUGGUCAUGGCUGAAAGUCCCUCAGAUACCCGCGCACAUGUGAACCCUGUGCCAGAAGCAUGGGAUCAGUUAUGUCCGACCUUUAACUCUCUAACACCCGAGCAGUUAGGAGGCGGGGGUCUUAAGUCUUACGAAGCAGCAACUAAUAUUUCCACACUCCUUUACCCACCACCACAACCACUCCCUUCAUUGAUAUGAUACUGGAUAUCCCCAUCAUUUUCGUUUGCAUGCGAACGAAUUUCUUACAGAAACCUGGUUAUAAGUACUGCUAUAAUGCACUCAUUGCUCCAUCAUAAUACGGUACUGGCUGGUACUAUGACCGUUAAUCUUAGUUAUGUCCUUACUACGUACUUAGUGCAACAGGAUACUCGAGCGCCAAUUAAGUUCAUAUUUCAUCGAUACUUGAAGCUCAUCACAUUGCGUUCUAGUGCG